CCUGGGCUCUCAUUCGGAACUAACUUCCAUGAUGCGGCCAUCAUCACAAUCUAUCAUUUUGUUUUCAACUUUGGUACUCGUUGCCACUGCUGACCGCCUGGGUCCCAUAUACCCAGCACCGGUCGACCUUUCCAACCCCCAGAGCCUUGUUAGGGCUGUCUGGGAGAAUCUCACAAAUACCAUCGAUGACUAUUUAACCCACCCUUCCAAGAAUGGAUCGACUACUCUUUUGGGAAUUGAGAACAUCACAUUCUCAGCUGGGUUGUUCUCGGUUCAUGAUCCGGAAGCGAAGAAACUCCAGUAUCAUUGGACCAGCCCUGAAAUCGCAGAAUCCACCAAUGGAACCAGGAAGGUGGAUGGCGAUAGCAUCUUCCGUAUCGCGAGCGUCAGCAAGCUGUUUACCACUUAUGCAGGCAUGCUCUCUCUAGCCGAGGAUGAGUGGAAUCUUCCCCUCUCUGAGAUCUAUCCCGGCUUCGCCAAGUAUGCAGCAGAAGCCGCCGAUGCCCCGGCUUGGCACAUCAAUUGGGAUGAGACCACGCCGUGGGCUUUAGCCUCCCAGAGCUCGGGUAUCCCUACCCAAGGGGGCCCGUUCAUGGAUCUACUGUGGCAAUACGUAACGGGGCAGAGCCUCAUAAGCCCGAUCACAGCCUACGGACUUCCGCCAGAAAACACGAGCAGCUUGGGGCCAUGCUACGGCUCGCUUGAAGAGGCACUUGAGUUGUGUGACGGCACAAAUGUGAUCGAUGCUAUGGGAUCACGACCUCCGACGUUCAAGCCUUGGUGGACUCCUAUGUACUCCGACGCCAACUUUGAGAUGCUGGCGCUCAUGAUCUCCAAUAUCACUGGGAAGUCGAUAUCAGACAUCUAUCAGGCAGAGAUCUUCGACUCGCUGAACCUGAGCUCAACUUUCUCCUCUCCGCCGACUAGCAAUGUGACCCAGGCCCGGGCUGUUGUCGCGGGUCCUGCAGCAGAGGGAUUCUACCUGGAGAUUCCUCUUACUACCCCAUCCGGAGGGAUUUACUCCACAACCAACGACCUCGCUACAUUUGGUGUUUCCAUCCUCAACCACACGCUACUCCCCGAAGCUACCACGCGCAAAUGGAUGAAACCUCAAACUCACACAGCUAGUUUGACCGCCUCCAUCGGUGCCCCAUGGGAAAUCGUUCGUGUCGUGAGUCCCACCACGGGCAGGGUGACAGACAUUUAUACCAAGCUAGGAGACUCGGGCUAUUAUGGCGGCAUUGUGGCUCUGAUUCCAGAUUACGAUGCCGGUUUCAGCAUCCUCGCAGCCUCUACGAGCGAUCAACGCAGUGCUCUGACCAACGUAAUCCUGGACUAUAUUACCCUGUCUGUGCUUCCAGCUCUAGAGGCCCAGGCCGCUCUGGAGGCAGCUCAGAAUCUUGUAGGCACAUACGUCUCAGAGGAUCCUAGUCUCAAUUCCUCCGUCACUAUUGCCGUUGACAAUUCAGUCGGUUCCUCAAGUUACUUCCAUGGUCUGAGACUUACUCGGUGGAUAUCGAACAACACCGACCUGCUAGCCUCGCCCUAUUUGAGCGGCUACAAGCCUCGACUUCUGCUGAGCAUCCCGAAGUCCACUUCCCGAGGUGUGGCCGGAGAAGUGGCCUUUCAGGUUUCCAAGUUCCCACAGACUUAUAGCUAUUUCGCCUCCAAUGCGGCGAAUCUCAGCGUGAUCGGUCCAUUUACGGGUCAAUAUAACACUAACUUGGAUUUCUGGAGUACUGACACUAUUUACUAUGGAAGUCGUGGUCUCGGCACGUUUGUUUUCACCGUCGACGGUGACGGGAAAGCUUCGGCUGUCUCUCCUACGGCUGCGAGAAUCAAGUUGAAGAGAACGACAUAGUCGGAGUCCUCCUUUCCUAUAGUUAUUGUAUUUAUCAUUUUUACCCCACUGCUAGUUCUUAAUCUCAUCCGAUUAGCUUUCCUAUCGAAUAUAGUGAGUUCUACAGGCCUUCAAAUCAAUUACCAGCCUUUUUCUAUCUUUUCUCGUCACAUAAAUCGAAUUCCAGACGUCCAAUAUGUCAC